CCAAAAAACCAAAAACCAACCAACCAAACAAAAAAACCCCACUUUUAGGGUCUGGUUUAAUAACUGCUUUGCAAGAAGAGAAAUAAUGAAAGGAACCGCAGACAUUCUGGAUGCCAGCCUGAGAAAUUUUCCACUGUUUUCUUUAAUAACACGCAGGCAUGCUUUUAUUGCUGGAAUUUCAGUGAGGAAUCUUUUCCGGACUGAAAUUUCAAGUUAUUUGGUGAGCAAGUGCUUGCUGAAAAGCAAUUGUCAAGAAAUAAAUUCUCAUAUGCAAGACUGUGCAUAAACCACUCUCAUGUUGGGUAUCAGCUACUGAUUAUAUUAGUUCAGUUUUUUGGUUUCCAGUGUGUUAACUGUUCCUGUUUCUACGUGAUCAUUGCUAGGUGACAAUACAUCUUUUCUUGCUUCUGGAAAUGGUAAUUGUAGACCAACAUUUCCAGUAAGGACUGUAUGCUACUAAACUAGAAAUCUUCAUUAUCCUAUCUUUAAUAUACAAAGGAGGAAAGAUAUUAGGAAACACAUCUUUUGUAAAAGAGUUAAAGACUACUUAAUGGUUAUUUUUUUUAAAUUAUUGUAGUUUCAGAUGCAAUGGUGAAAAUCAAACUGAAGGGAUCUACAGGUUCAACCUCAUUUGUCUACCUUAAAGCUCUUUUCUGUGUAUUCCUCCUGGCUUCUGCUGUAGCAAACACUGUGCUAGGAUGUGACUUUAAAUGACUUCUGAUUCUGAAGGUCUUCUGAAAAAUAUGCAGUGCUUGAAUGUUUGCUAAGGACUAUUGCUGAUGCAUGGUCAAGAUGAGUGGAUUAGGAGAAAAUUCCUUAGAUAGUUUGACUAAUGAGUCAAGGAAGCGCAAGCCAUUGCCCUGUGACACACCUGGUGCAAGUCUGGUCUGCAGUGGUGAGAAACGUCGACGUGAGCAGGAAAGCAAAUACAUUGAAGAGCUGGCUGAGCUGAUAUCUGCUAAUUUCAGUGACAUUGACAAUUUCAAUGUCAAACCUGACAAAUGUGCUAUUUUAAAAGAAACCGUGAGACAGAUUCGACAAAUAAAAGAGCAAGGAAAAGCAGUUUCUAAUGAUGAUGAUGUUCAGAAAGCUGAUGUAUCAUCCACGGGUCAAGGAGUUAUUGACAAAGAUUCAUUGGGACCUCUUUUAUUACAGGCCUUGGAUGGCUUCCUCUUUGUUGUAAAUCGAGAUGGGAACAUCGUAUUUGUAUCAGAAAAUGUCACACAGUAUCUGCAGUACAAACAAGAAGAUUUGGUUAAUACAAGUGUCUAUGGUAUCUUGCAUGAAGAUGACCGGAAGGACUUUCUUAAAAACUUACCCAAGUCUUCAGUUAGUGGAGUUGCUUGGGCCAGUGAAACACCUCGACAGAAGAGCCACACCUUUGAGUGCCGGCUGAUGGUGAAGAGCUCUCAUGACCCCUUUGAAGAUGGAGGUGGCUACCAAGACACACGUCACAGAUAUGAAACUAUGCAGUGCUUUGCUUUAUCACAGCCAAGAGCUAUGAUGGAAGAGGGGGAAGAUCUGCAGUCCUGCAUGAUUUGUGUGGCACGUCGUAUCACAGCUGCAGAGGGGGCAUUUCCAGCUAAUCCAGAGAGCUUCAUUACAAGACAUGAUCUUUCAGGCAAACUUAUCAACGUUGACACAAACUCAUUACGAUCUUCCAUGAGACCUGGGUUUGAAGACACAAUUCGAAGGUGUAUUCAGAGAUUCUUGUGCCACAGUGAUGGGCAGUCAUGGUCAAAUAAACAUCACUAUCAUGAAGCUUAUACACAAGGCCAUGCUGAAACCCCAUUGUACCGAUUUUCUUUAGCUGAUGGUACAAUAGUGACAGCUCAAACCAAGAGUAAAUUAUUUCGAAAUCCUGCCACUAAUGACCGCCAUGGAUUUGUCUCUACCCACUUCCUCCAAAGAGAACAAAAUGGAUAUCGACCAAAUCCUAAUUCUAUUGGGCAAAACAUCAGAACACCUGUGCCUGGAAACACAAAUUCUGUGAAUGGCCUUAUGAACAUGUCACCUGGUCAAGCCUUGCCAAUGCAGAGCAGGAGCUGUGGGAUGGGAGAUCCCAGUGCAAUGGCUCAGCUCAGCAGCACUCGAUAUGGAGGCCUUGGGAAUACAGGGCCAGUGAACCCUGGACCUGGAAUGCAGUCCUCUGCUUAUCAGAGUAACAGUUUUGGCUUAAAUAUCAGUAGCCCACCACAUGGUAGUUCUGGCUUAACUUCCAACCAGCAGAAUCUAAUGGUAUCUCCUAGGAAUAGAGGGAGUCCCAAAAUGAGUUCACACCAGUAUUCUCCAGUUACAGGUACUCACUCACCAAUGGGAUCUGCCAGCAACACUACCAACAGCACUUUCUCUAGCAGUUCUCUUAGUGCUCUGCAAGCCAUUAGUGAGGGUGUUGGAAAUUCCCUUUUAUCAACACUUUCUUCACCGGGUCCAAAAUUGGAUAAUUCCCCAAACAUUAGCAUAACUCAGCAAAGUAAAACAAGUACCCAGGACUCCAAAAGCCCUUCUGGUUUGUAUUGUGAACAAAACCAAGUGGAAAGUUCUGUCUGCCAGUCGAACAGCAGAGAUCUCCUUAGUGAAAAAGAAAGUAAAGAGGGAAAUCUGGAUGUAUCUGAAAGUCAGAGAGGACCAGCUGAGAGCAAAGGGCAUAAAAAACUGCUUCAGUUACUCACAUGCUCCUCAGAUGAAAGAGGACAUUCUACAGCAUCAAACUCACCUUUGGACUCGAAUUGUAAAGAAGCUUCUAGCAGCGUUACCAGUCCUUCAGGAGUUUCCUCAUCAACUUCUGGAGGGGUCUCUUCCUCCUCUAACAUGCAUGGGUCACUCCUGCAAGAGAAGCACAGGAUUUUACAUAAAUUGUUACAGAAUGGUAAUUCUCCAGCAGAGGUGGCCAAGAUCACAGCUGAAGCUACUGGUAAAGACAUGUACCAUGAUGCCAGCACCACAGCCUCGUGUAGAGAAGGCACUGCCAAACAGGAACAACUGAGCCCAAAGAAGAAAGAAAACAAUGCUUUACUAAGAUACCUGCUAGAUAAAGAUGAUACUAAGGACCCACUUUCCAAAGAGUUAAAGCCUAAAGUGGAAGGUUUGGAUAAUAAGAUGGGACAGUGUACAAGUUCUACAAUUGCUACUUCAAGUCAAGAAAAAGAAAUGAAAAUAAAAAUGGAGCCAACAGAGGAGAUGAAUGGAGACUUGGAUAAUUUGGAUGCAAUUCUAGGGGAUCUUACUAGUUCAGAGUUUUACAAUAAUGCUAUGUCUGCAAAUGGAAAUAAUCCUGGAACAAAGCAAGCAUUCUUUCAAGGAAAUGCCCUGUUGGGUGUGAAGAGCCCCCAGCCUGUGCAGACUGCUCGGCCACCUUUUAACAGAGCCUUGUCUUUAGACAGCCCUGUGGGCUCAGGUGCUUCAGUGAGGAAUGUCAAUGCAUUCUCCAUGUUACAAAAGCAAAACUUGAUGGGUGGAAGUCCAAGAAUGAUUGAAAACCAAGAAAAUUUUGCAGCAAAUCUCGCAAGCGCUCCCAACAGAAAUGUGGCAAUGAAUCAGCCUCAGUCAGGAGAUUGGGGCUUGCCAAACUCCAAAGUGAACAGAUUGGAAUCUGCAAGUUCUGCCUCGGUGUUGAGAGCAGGACCCGAGUUUAGUCCAACCCUCCUGAGGCCCCCAGAGGGUGCCUGUGUGUCUGGGCUGCCUCGCUCUAACAGCAUCUCUGCUACCAGGCCAAUGCUGCAACAGCAAAUGAUUCACAUGAGGCCAAAUGAGAUAAAUAUUGACAUGGGAGGGAACCCCUAUGGACAGCCUGGACCUUCUAACCAGCCUGGACUGUGGCCUGACAAUAUGAUGUCCAUGGAGCAAGCACCACGGGGUUCACAAAACAGACAAUUAGUUCGAAGCUCUUUGGAUGAUCUCUUCUGUUCGACACCAAAUGUGGAAGGCCAGAAUGAUGAAAGGGCACUUCUGGAUCAGCUGCACACACUCCUGAGUAAUACAGAUGUCACAGGGCUGGAAGAAAUUGAUAGAGCCUUAGGAAUUCCUGAUCUUGUAAACCAAGGACAAGCUUUGGAACCCAAACAAGAUUCAUUUCAAGCUCAGGAAUCUUCAGUUUUGAUCGACCAGAAGCCUUUGUUAUAUGGUCAACCCUAUCAAGGGCAAGGGGCAGCAGUGCCAGGUGCUUUCAGCAACAUGCAGGGACAGCAGGCAUCUUUUAAUUCGGUGAUGAAUCACAUGAGCCAAGGAAGUUUUGCUCUGCCCAGCGUUCAUCCACGAGCAAACGUGGCCAGAGCUCGGAGCAGCAGUGGCCCAAAGCAGCUGCGAAUGCAGCUCCAGCACAGGCUCCAGGGACAGCAGUUCCUGAAUCAGACUCGUCAAACACUUGAAAUGAAAAUGGAGAAUCCCAUCAGUGGUACCAGCUCUGGGAUGAGACCAGUUAUGCAGGCACAGGUGGGAUCCCAGCAGCAAGGUUUUCUUAAUGCUCAAAUGGUGGCUCAGCGUAACAGGGAACUAAUAAGUCACCAUUUUAGACAACAGAGGAUGGCAGUGAUGAUGCAGCAGCAACAGCAACCUCAAGCCUUCAGUCCACCACCAAAUGUGACAGCCUCAGGAAGCAUGGAUAGUGCUUUGACAGGCCCUCCAAUGGCUCCAGUUCCUUCACAGCAAUUCCCCUAUUCACCUAAUUAUGGAAUAAGCCAGCAAGCUGAUCUUGCAUUUAGUAGAGUAUCAAGCCCUCCCAAUUCAAUGCUGUCAUCAAGAAUUGGACCCUCCCAGAACCCUGUGCUGCAGCACCCUCAGUCAACACCAGUGUACCAAUCUUCAGAGGUGAAGGGCUGGCCCUCAGGAAGCAUGCACAGAAACAGUUCUUUUCCCCAGCAGCAGUUGAGCCAUCAGGGGAGCCCAGCAGUGUACAGCAUGAUGCACAUGAACGGCAGCAGUGGCCACAUGGCACAGAUGAGUAUGAACACCGUGCCUAUGGCAGGACUGCCCAUGGCUCCAGACCAGAAAUACUGCUGACAUCUAGAACCACAUCUUCAGACAAGAAUGGCUGAAUGCACUAGUGUUAGAAAGAAAAAUGACCCAUUCUUCAUGGCAAGUCAUACUGGGCUUACAGGAACCAGUGAUAAAUUUCCUCAUCCAGAGGAAAACAACCCAAAAAAAAAAAAAAAAACCAAAAAACCCUACCCAACAAAAAUACAUGUUAGUACAAGCAGCCUGUGUAUUACUGUAUGAUGUGGGGCACAAAAAAAAAAAGGUCAUUAAUAUUUUUUGGCACUCUUCCUCUAGGAAUGUGAAUUUGAUAAUGCCAAUUUAAUAGAUGUGAUGGGUUACACAUGAUCUGUUUACUGUAGCUGUCCAAAGCCCUUCAGCCCAGGCAGACAAAAGUGCCAGUGACACAA